CAUGCUGCAAACGAUCGCUUCACUGAACACUCCGAAUGAUGGAUCAAUAGUUUCGAAUAACUAAUGAUGCGUUUCUUAACAUGUCAGCUGGCCAGAGAAUUCCAUCAGAUGCCUCCCGUCUACCCGCCUCCCGCCGUCAAUAUUGAAGUUCAAUGAUGACUUGAACAUGCAUAUGUCCGCUCGUUGCCAUGACCGGAUCCUCAACCUCUCUCUUGUCGACGCGCAGCAUGUUGGAUUGCCCGGGAGCUUUGCAGCAAUACUGCAUCCGUUCCAAGUACAGUAUUCUCAUCAUGAACGCCGGUCCGAGUCUGUCUGUUCCUUCUCAUCCUCUCACGGUUGUCAUGGCACAGUAAUUCGAGGAGAUUGGGCGGCAGAAGUAUUUCAAGAGCUGUGCUUCCCUCAUUCACAGCAUGGAACCCUCGUGGAUGGGUUUGCCUCUGCUCGCCCUCUUCCGCGCCUCUCUGGCACAGCAUACGUAUCACUGCACAUGCGGCUGGGUGCUCUCCUACGUUGUCUGGCGCCGUCCCUGCUUGGACUGUGGGGUAUUGGCGCUGCUCAGUAUAACGUGACUUUGAACGUGACUGCUUCGGAGAUAGUCUACAGUCCACCCGCAUGCAACGCCUCGUCCAAGGCCUGCGAGAGCGCAUGGCAGAUCAUAACGUUGCCCGGCGUGACUCCGACUUCGGACUUUGUGUCCACUAGUGGGCCAACAAAUGGCAGUGGGAAUAUAAUUCCUCAAUUGUUCCUUGACUUCAGAGGCACCGCUCUUCACAUAUAUACAUCCUCACGAUCAAAUGCAACCGCCAACAUCACUUUAUCUACAGAGGAUCCAACAAUAUCGAUCACCACAGCAGUGAACACGUCUGCGGGGCUCAUUUCUGUCAUCGGUUUACCUGAAGGCCAAACUACAACUUUAACCAUAACAUAUACCGCCACCAAUGAAUCUGCUUUGUUGGAUAUCUUGAACAUAACGAUAAUCACGCCUUAUAACGACACAUCGGUUUUCCCUACGACUACGCUUCCGCCUUCAACGAGUAUCCCUUCAUUUUCGCCAACGGUAUCUGUCGGUCCUGCCCAGCAAGCCGUCAAAAGGUCUCAGACAGCAAGUGACAUCGUUGCGGAGGUAUUAGGGGCAUUGCUCGGCCUUGUGCUUGGAGUCUUGGGGGCAAUGGGCAUCGGCUACUACAGAAGAAAGCAUCGACGAUCCACUCCCAGCGGCACCAUACAGGCUACCUAAGGUACAACAGCAUUUAUGUCUAUCACCAGUAACUUGCGGAUAUUCUUAGGAUCUAAAUGUAUGUAACUCCAGCGAAACCAGAACCUGCGCAGUGCCUCAUUUAUGUGUUCUCCAUCUGCCAAAAGUCGGUCCAAGGCACCAUCUGCCUGUACUCUACCUGCUUCGUGCCUCUAAUAAUGUCCUGUGCCUGGAUGAGCCGGAGCUCGCGACCGCGCAUUCGCCUAAUUUUCCUGUCGGGUUUGCUCGCGUCGAGUUCAUCGUCUGUCGGCAGGCGGUCCUCCUCCGGCAGCGUCACAGCAUGUUCGUGCGUCAGCGUGAGGAUCGCGUGAGUCUUUGUGAGCGCCUGUGAGACGGCGCGUGAGAGCGGCGUCUCCGUCUCUGAGGUAGCUGUCAGGUGCGGGGC